AUGUCUUCAUCAGUAGAGUUGACAGAUCAUCAAUCAAAGAAUCCAUUUGGAGAUCAAUAUGUUAUUCAGAGUACUCCAGUUGAGCCUCCCGAGUCUCGGGGUCCUUUUGAAGAAGAAAUCACACCUAAACCACCAGUUAAUCCAAAAUUGCUCAUGUUUCUUAGAGUUAUGUCGGCCUUAAGUCUUACAUUUGCUUUAACUACCUUGAUUAUAGUUGCAGUGAAAGAAUCUCCGGUUCUGUUAAGCACAUCCUGUAUUAGGCCUAGUGAUGUGCUUCUUAGAGUAGCAGUUAGAUAUGCUACAACACUUGCGAUGCCUGCUGGUAGUUUAAUUUGGUUUUUCAUAGAAAGAGGAAUUUUUGCAAUUAUAGAUGAAAGGGCUCUUCAUACUAUUACAAGAACUUGUGAUUAUAUACUCACUUCAAUACAACGGUUCUGUAACCCAGUUAUUCAAUUUUUAAGACCAGUGGCUAGAAGAAUCCCACCAUAUUUUAGAUACCCUAUUCUAGUUGUUCAAUCUAUUAUGGGUUUGGUGCAGACAGGUAUAAUUGCACACAGAGAUGAAAUGGUUAUUCUGGCUAUCAGAAUGAGUUCCGUAAGCACCACUCCAUUAAUAACUCCAUAUCUCAAUUUAAUAAUACCAUGUUUCAAUUUAAUAAUACCAUAUUUCAAUUUAAUAACUCCAUAUUUCAAUUUAAUAAUACCAUAUUUCAAUCCAAUAAUACCAUAUUUAAAUCAAAUAAUAGCAUACUUCUUUUAA